AUGCCGCUGGGCGGCGGCGUGCCCCGGGGGGGCGACGCGAGAACGACGGGGCGACCAUUUCCUGCGGCGCGAGGGGCGCUGCUCGUCCCCGCGCGCGCCCGGCGGGGCCGCCGCGCUCUCACCGCCGGCCCUGCGGAGCGGAGCGGAGAGGAGCGCAGAGCGGGGGCUUCCCGCAACCCCCCCCCAACCCCCCCCCCACACACACACACACACAUCGCCCUGGCGGGCCCGGCUCUCCGCGGGCGGGAGGCUCGUCCUGAAUUUAUUUAUCGUUUUUCCCUGGGAAAGGAGGAAAGGCCGCACGUCGGGGACAGCCACGGGCUCUGCGCAUCCCGCGGAGUCCCCCCGACCCCCCAGCAAAGCGAGCAGCGUGAGGAGCUGCCGCGGAGCCGCAGCUGCGGACAGUUCUGGCGAAGGGCAGGGGGGACAGCAUCGCAUCCGCGCAGGGGCCGCCACCGGCACGGAAAGUUUCCAUCGGGGCACCGAGCUGCCGCCCCGCAGGUCGAUGCUACGGCGGCAGUGCGGGGCUCUCCGCUUCCGCGGAAUGUCAACACACCCCGAUCAGUGAGGGGAGGGUCAGUUUCGGGGGGUUUUGGCCUUUCCACUCUUUUCCGCUCCAGCGCAGCCAACCGCGGGUCGGGAGAAGCGGUGCAAAGCGGUUCGCGGGGACCUGCCUCCCCUCACCUUCCGCAAUACUGGCAAUUUCUCCCCCCUUUUUCAUGUUAUUGUCCCUCAGGACCCCUCCGCGAAUCCGGGGGGUAAACGGGCACAGGCAAAAGCUGUGCCGGCGGGGUCCAGGUACGGCCCCGCCGCCGGGGAACGGCGGGGAGGGAAAUAAAUAAAUAAAUAAAUAAACGAGGCAACAAAUAAAUA